CGCUUGCAAUGGUGCAAAAUGGAGUCUAUUAACCUGUGAUGUUGAUACAAUUGUUUUUAAUUAUAAAAAGCUUUUCAUGGAAUUAAAAUGGCUGGUAAAGUGUGGAAUACAGAUAUAUGGAAAGCAUGGGAUAAACAUGGAAAAAAUGAUUUCCUCAAGUUAAUCAAGCACAAAUUUAAGGAAGGCAACACUGCAGAAUGGAGAAGAGGAUUGUACGAAUUAAUUUCGAAUGGAAUCCGUGGGAACAUAAAAAAGGACAAUGUUGUUCAGACAUUAGGUGAACUAACGAAUAUUGAUGGAGCAAUACCAUCUGCGAUAGUGGAUAUAUUUACACUGAUAGAUGCUGAGGCACAUAAUGAAGAAAGAAAUAAUUUUUAUUAUCUUGUAAAAGAAUCAGAAAAGUUUCUCACAGAUAGGAUAUUGAAGGAACGUUUAGAAAUUGAUACAUUGCAAGAUGUAGGAACUUUAAAAAACAAGAAUUUCCAAAUCAAAUUUAUUAAAGUGAAGACAAAAUUGUAUUAUAAACAACGGAAAUUUAAUUUAUUUCGAGAGGAAAGCGAAGGAUAUUCUAAACUUAUAGUGGAAUUGAAUCAGGAACGUCCAGAAAGUGAAGUAGCAUCAAUAUUGGAAAUUGUUAAGUCACUUAUCGGAUAUUUUAAUCUUGACCCUAAUAGGGUACUCGAUAUUUUAUUAGAAACUUUUGAAAAUCGACCUCAAGAUGAUGCGCUUUUUAUCCCUUUAAUUCGAUCAUAUAUGAGUGACCAACAGGUACUCUGCGAAGUUUUAGGAUUUAAAUAUUGUUCAACCGUUAAUGCUACUCCAUUUUCAUUGCAAAAAGUCACUGCACUCAUGUUACAACAUGGUGUCAUUAAAUUAGAUGAUAUAUUGCCUUGGUUGGUGCCAGAUGAUAAAACUAUUAUCAAAGAACACGAACAGGCAAUGAAACAGGCGAAAGAUUAUGUUCGCAAGUUAAGCGUAAUUUCUACGAAAGACAAAGAGGACGUACCAGAGGAGAAAGAAACUCCACAGGAUAAAUACACAAGUAAUCAGAAGUUCGGAUUAUGCGAAGCACUUCUAGAGACAGGAGCUUGGGAAGUAGCACAAAAUUUAUUCAAUCGAUUGCCCGAACACAGUUUCACCGAUCAACGUCCAAUUGCAUUAGCGCUGUGCAAAAUGAUUCAAUCUCUUAUCGAACCUGUUUAUCGCAAAAAUUGUAUAAUUUCGCCAAAAUUACAAGGUAGGAGAGUUCCACAAUUAAAGAGCUCUCUUGCUCCGAAACUAAUCGAGAGUCUCGAGGAGAUCCACGAUCAAUUAUUACCAAUGCUCAUAGUCCUUGGUCCCAAUCUACAUCAUGAUCCUGUUCUAAUGUACAAGAUCAUGCGAUUGUGUCAUGCGGCCAUAAAACAAUGUCCGUUAGAUGCUAAUAAGCAACCAAUUGAUAAAAAUAACAAUUUGUAUUACGACGUGUUGACUAUUCUCGAUGUAGCGUUACUGCCAUCAUUAUCAUUUAUGGACUGCAACUGUUGCGUUGCCGAAGAAUUGUGGAAUAUCUUAAAAUACUAUCCAUAUCAAAAUCGAUAUUGUUUGUACGCACGAUGGAAGAACGAUACACCUUUGCAACAUGCUGCUCUUUUAAGAAAACGAGCAGAUGCGCAAAAGAAAAUUAAGUCUAUCAUGAAAAGAGUGAGUAAGGAAACCAUAAAGCCUGUAGGGAGGUCAAUAGGCAAACUUACACAUUCUUCGCCCGGUGUAUUGUUCGAUUACAUUCUUAUACAAAUCCAAUUGUAUGAUAACCUUAUAGGACCUGUUGUAGAUUCUCUAAAAUAUUUGACUAACAUUUCUUAUGAUGUACUUGGUUACUGUCUUGUGGAAGCUUUAGCUGGUGCUGACAGAGAUAGAUUUAAACAUGAUGGCACCAGCAUAUCUCUUUGGCUCCAAUCCCUUGCUUCGUUUUGUGGAGCCAUAUUUAAGAAGUAUAAUAUUGAACUUACUGGUUUGCUGCAGUAUGUAGCUAAUCAACUUAAAGCACAAAAAAGCCUAGAUUUAUUAAUAUUGAAAGAAAUAGUACAAAAGAUGGCGGGUAUCGAAGCCGCUGAGGAGAUGACUUCGGAUCAGUUAGAUGCCAUGGCAGGUGGAGACUUAUUAAAAAAUGAAGCUGGGUACUUCAGUCAAGUACGCAAUACAAAGAAAUCAUCACAACGUUUAAAAGAAGCUCUAGCUGAACAUGAUCUUGCUGUAGCAUUAUGUCUUUUAAUGGCACAGCAAAAACAUUGUGUUGUGUAUAGGGAAACAGAUAAAUCUCAUCUUAAACUCGUGGGAAAACUAUAUGAUCAGUGUCAAGAUACAUUAGUUCAAUUCGGUACCUUCUUGGGAUCCACUAUGACAGUAGAUGAAUAUGUAGAAAGACUUCCCUCCAUACAUUCUAUGCUCCAGGACAAUCAUAUACAUUCUGAUGUCGCAUUUUUUCUUGCAAGACCAAUGUUUGCACAUGCCAUUAAUAUUAAGUAUGAUGCCCUACGUAAAGCUGAUCCAAAUUACAAAAAGAUGUCAACUGCUAUGAAGCAAGCAAAGUACGCAGAAGCUGCACAAGCAGUUAUGGCACCUGUUGCUCAGUCAGUCAGACCUUUACAUCCUUUGAAAGUAUGGGAGGAUAUCUCGCCACAGUUCCUGGUGACAUUUUGGUCCUUGUCUAUGUACGAUUUAUAUGUUCCUGUGGAGAGUUACCAGAGAGAAAUUAACAAACUAAAGCAACUUGCGGCACAAAGUGCCGAUUCCAAAGAUGUGAAUGUUAGCAAGGGGAAGAAAGAGCAAGAAAGAUAUACGACUCUAAUUGAGAAACUACAAGAUGAAAGGAGAAAACAGGAAGAGCACGUUGAAAAAGUAUUUGCAUAUCUAAGACAAGAAAAAGAUACAUGGUUUUUAUCUCGAAGCGCAAAAUCAGCGAAAAAUGAAACGAUAACGCAAUUUCUGCAACUGUGUCUGUUUCCUCGAUGUACAUUUACAACCGUGGAUGCCAUGUAUUGCGCUAAAUUCGUUCAUACUAUACAUUCUUUAAAGACUGCGAAUUUUUCAACCCUUCUUUGCUAUGACAGACUAUUCUGUGAUAUAACAUAUUCAGUUACCUCAUGUACCGAAAACGAAGCUAAUCGUUAUGGAAGAUUUUUAUGCGCCAUGCUGGAAACAGUAAUGAGGUGGCAUUCUGAGAAAGCCAUAUUCGAUAAGGAAUGUAGCAAUUAUCCGGGAUUUGUAACAAAAUUCCGAGUUAGCAAUCAAUUCUCUGAAGCCAAUGAUAUGGUAGGAUUUGAAAAUUAUAGACAUGUGUGUCACAAGUGGCAUUACAAAAUUACAAAGGCGAUUGUAGUUUGUUUGGAUUCUAAGGACUACGUACAAAUAAGAAAUUCCUUGAUAAUAUUAAUAAAAAUAUUACCACAUUUCCCUGUUCUGGCAAAAUUAUCUCAAAUUCUUGAACGUAAAGUAGAAAAAGUGAGAGAGGAGGAACGUGGACAACGCCAAGAUUUGCAUGUACUAGCAACGUCGUACAGUGGCCAAUUAAAAGCCAAAACUCCAAACAUGAUUCGCGAAGCAGAUUUUCAUCACGUAGGGGAUAAGGCUGGAAAAACACAAGAUACUUCAAAUAGUGAUAAUUCGGAUAAAGCUGGCGAUGGAAUAUCGAGUAAAGAAAUUACAAACGGCGACUCUAGGAUAGAGAAAGAGAGUAAGGAUCAACGAGAAAAACGAAGUGCAUCGAAUCAAUUGCAUCAUGACAGCUCAGAAAAAAUUAGAAAAAAAGAAGAAAGCAAGGAAAGUUCUGAAGGGAAAGACAAACAUUUAAAAAAGGACGAAAUUAAGGAAGAGGACACAAUAGAUAAAAAAGACCGAAAAUACUAUAAAGAGGAACACUAUUAUGGCAGUGGUGUAGAUAAUUUAGACCGUGAUCUUUCUAGUGUAUCAAAUAGUAGUGCUAGUUCUGGACCCACGCAAGAUGGAUCAGAUAGAGAUGCCAAAAGAAGAAAAGUUGAGAAUGUACAAAAGGAGGGUAGACGUGCUGAAGGAAGUCUUGACAAAAAAGAGCGCUCGAGUAAAGGCAAAAUAAGGGACGAACAGAAAGAAUUGCGCAGGGAAAAGAAAUUUGCACGAAAAAGGGAUAGGACAGACGAAUCAGCGGUGACGACCGAACAGAAAAGAAGAAAAGAUGAUGAGAAAGCAAAAGGAACACAUCAAAAUGGUGAUAUCCCCGAGCAUAGGGAAAAACAUCAUUAUAACAAGGAAAAGUCACCCUACACAAAGGAACGUACUCAUGAACGGGAGGGCCGCGAAAGCCGGGACAAACAUAGGAGAAGUUCGGAUCCCAAACGAAGAUGAUGUACAACAAUGGAAAAAAUUUGACUUAACAUUUUAUAUACUACGUUUGGUGUUGCAUGUAAUUAAGGUAGAAUUCACAUAAUAAAGAAAAAAGAUAGCGAAUAAAUUGUAUAUUAUAUUAACGUCCAAUUUUAUAAAAUAAAGUAGGUAACAAAAGCA